GUGUUCUAAGUGAGGUUAAGAGUAUUUUGAUAGCAUUUAUAAUUAAAAGAAAAUAGUAAAUUCUUGUUAUUGUUGAGUGUAAUUAAGAUGAGUGAAAUAAAAUUGGAAGAGCCACGAAGUGAAAGUAUAGAUGAUAAAAAUACGGAAGAAAUUAUAAAGAAUAAUAAAGAAAAAAGUGGAGAAGAUUUAUAUGGUUAUUUGAAAAGAGAUAAUUUUACUACAGAAAAGUAUAAAAUCGAAGUAAGGGGAUUACCAAAGUAUUAUGGAAUCGGUGAAUUUAGAAGAUAUUUGAAUGAAAAGUUACAACUUGAUGCAAAUAAAAUUAAGCCUCCUAAAAGAGGUAGUGGCUGGGCCUAUAUUUGUUUUCGUAGUGAGGAAGGUCGAGAAAAAGCAAUCACUGCUCUUGAUGGUACAGAAUGGAAGAAAUCAAAACUAUCAGCUCGUAUAGCUAAUCCUGCACCAGAUCCUUACAUGAAAAGGAAACUUGAAAGAAGAACUGAAACUAAUAAUAAAAUAUCAAAAAUAGAUGAAAUUGAAUCCCUUUCUUCUGAAGAGCGAAUUAAAUUAAGUACAAUUCCUCUCUGUGAUAUGCCAUAUGCAGAACAAUUACAAGUAAAACAAAAAGACAUGAGACAAGUUAUUCUCAAUUUAGGCCAAGAAAUAUCAAAGGUUAAUAAAGAUCUUUGUGAAUGGUUCAACAAAGAAAGAAGUAAACAUAAUGAGUUACCUUUUGAAUUAGGAGAGAUCAAACAUGCUAAUGUUACGGAAGGAUAUAGAAACAAAUGUGAAUUCACAGUUGGUAUGGACGUUCAAAAUGAAAAGAAAAUGAUUGGCUUCAGACUUUCAAGUUAUGCAGCUGGUUCCACUGCUGUGGGACCAAUUGAUCACCUGUGUCAUAUUCCUCAAAGAAUGAAAACUGCUAUAAAGAUAUUAGAAAAAUUUGUCAGGAACUCUGAAUUAGAUGUAUUUGAUCCAGUAACUCACAAAGGCUAUUGGAGACAGGUUAUGGCUAGAACAACUAGAUUAGAUCAUUUAAUGUUAAUUAUUGGUAUUCAUCCCCAAGAUAUGAAAGAUGAAUAUAAGAAGAAAUUACAAAAUGAUUUGAAAGAAUUUUUUGAACAGGAUUGUAAUGCAGAAGCCAGAGUAACAUCCUUGUACUUUCAAACAAUUGAAAAGAAAGGAGCUGGUGGUACAGGAGGUGGUACUGUGGAACACAUAAGUGGAGCCACACAUAUAGAAGAAAAUUUACUUGACAUGACAUUUAGAAUAUCUCCAGAAGCAUUUUUCCAAAUAAAUACUCUAGGAGCUGAAGUUUUGUACAAUACAGCCAUUGAAUUAGCUGAACCUUCAAAGGACACAACUUUGUUGGAUGUUUGCUGUGGUACAGGAACAAUAGGUCUUACUUUUGCAAAAAGUUGUGAUCAAGUUCUUGGUAUAGAAAUGAUAUCAAAUGCUAUAAAUGAUGCAAAAGUAAAUGCUGAAAUAAAUAAUAUUACUAAUACUGACUUCUUUGUUGGAAAAGCAGAAGACAUACUAGUGCCUGUAAUCAAUAGAACAACAAAAUCUAAUAUAACUGCUAUUGUUGAUCCACCAAGAGCAGGCUUACAUCAAAAAGCACUUGUAGCACUUCGUAAAGCUAAAAAACUUAAUAAACUAAUUUACAUUUCUUGUGACCCAAAGGCAGCAGUAAGGAAUCUAGUUGAUUUGGCUAGACCAAAUUCAAAACAGUAUUUUGGUGAACCAUUGGUGCCUAUAAAGGCUGUUCCUGUUGAUAUGUUUCCUCACACAAAACAUUGUGAACUGGUUUUAUAUCUCAAAAGGUUUUCUCUUUUGAAAAAAACUACUAACGAAAAAUAA